AUAGUUGUUCCCCUUUGUUCAAGGUAUGCUGAAACCGAAAGAGGAUAUUUAUCUAUGGUUUAAGCGUAUUAUCACAAAAACCAUGUCCUAAAUGGCUAUGCCACCAGAUCACACUAACAUCAGCAUGUCUGCUUCUCUUCCUCUGACUGAGGAGAAGACAGAAGAAGUAAGACCUGUUCAAAUGUCAAUUGAUUCCCCAGAGAAAAUGUCUACAGAGGAUAAUAAUGAAAGUGCUAGUCACACAUUCAAGUCAUUCUUGGAAAUGGAAGAAGGCCCUGAUAUCAUGUAUGGCCCUAAAGAAAAUCCUGAAAGAACAAAUAGUCCAAUUGUUAUGUAUGGUCCAAUGAACAAUGCAAGUGGUGAAGACUAUACCAGUGAACGUUUUAGUAAAGAUCUCAAAGAUUCAACAGCAUCUGCAGGUCAAUGUGGGCUGUACAAUCUUGGCAAUACUUGUUUUAUGAAUGCUGGACUCCAGAGUAUAAUGGCUACACCACCUGUUAUUAGAUACUUCCUACAACAUCAUUCAGAAGCUGUUGGGAGUCACAACUUGGCAGAACAGUUCUCUGUAUUUGUUACCAAAUUUUGGAGUGGAAACUUUUCUAUUCUUUAUCCAAAAGAUCUGAAAACAGCUUUAGGACAUAUACAUGGACAGUUUAAAGACUAUAGACAGCAUGAUUGUCAGGAAUUUUUAGCUUUGCUUCUCGAUACCCUCAAUGAACAAACAAAAGUUGGACCAAAUACUUCUUUCUUUAUCACUCACAAUGAUCUCAAUAACUCUCAAGCAGCAUCUGCUCGUGAGCACCAUACAACAGAACAUCAACAAGUUUCUGUAUCCAUGGAAACUACUUCAAACAAUGCUCAAAGUGAAGAGGAUGAGAUGUUUCCAAUGCCGCUGACUCAAUUGAAGGUUUCAACAGAUGGAGAACUUUUGGAGGAUUUACAUUUGAAUAAUACAUCCAUUUUUAAGAAAAAAAUGCCUUCAAUAGAAAAGUUUUAUGCCAAAGAGACUAAAACUUUAAACACAAAUGUUCUAAUAUCAGAGUCCCCAGAGGAUUCAUUGAAUUUUGACUCCUCUAAGUAUGCGAAGGCUGACAAUUGUCCUGUUGUUCACAAUGACAUUAGUGUUAGUCAUGUAGUCAAUGAACCAAUGGUAGUAAUGGAUUUAAAAAGAUGUCGAGUCAGCCCAAAGGGGGUCAAAGAUAUCAAUAUCUAUGCUGACAUGUGCAAUAAGAAUGUAAAUAUGUACUGUGAUGCAUAUGAAGAAAAUGAAAAAGUGAAAAGAUCCAAAUUUGAUACAUUUGAAAAGAAUUUUCAGCAUCAAGCUUUCAGUAAGCUGAACUGCUUACCAGAAAGUCCUGAUGAAACAGAUUGUCUUUCAGGAAAAGGGACAAAAAAUAAAAAAAUGAAUGAAAAACAUCAGACGGUUACUAUGGAUUCCAGCAUUCAGUCAAUGGCCAAUCAGGAUGUCAUUUCAGAAAAGGUGAACCUUCACCUACAGUUCAAGGACAGCAAUGAACGAAGGCAGGAUAUGUGUUUAGGAGGGGCAGCCUAUGAUGCAGAGUUUGAUCAGGAUACGGAUUCAGUUGAUGCUAUAGAACAAGAUGAAGACGAAGAUGUUGAUACGGAACAAGAUCCCUCAGAAAAACAAAACAUGGAAGAAGAUUUUGAGGAUGGGGAAUGGGACAAUGAUAAACUAAUCCGAUUGGCUGACAAACGUUGGCUUGACCAUAUCAUGGAUAAUCAGAGUGUAAUAGUCAAAACAUUCCAUGGACAGUAUCAGUCAUCUGUGACAUGUGGUGAAUGCAGUCAUGUAUCCGUGACCUUUGAACCCUUUAUGUACCUGUCGGUUCCUCUUCCAAGAGCAAAUGAAAGACAACUUUGUGUAAUGUAUUUAUCAGUAGACAGCACUCCAACACAGUAUCUCAUGACAAUGGAUAAGAGGGAUCGCAUCAGUAAAGUUAAAGACAUUCUCCGUCAAAUGACUAAAACAGACAACAAUGUCAUUAUGGCGGAAGUUUUGGAUCAUCAUGUGGCUAGAAUUGUUGAUGAUACAACUAUGUUAAGAUACAUUAACAGUUCUUCAAGGAAGUUAUAUGCUUUUGAGAUUACCCCUUUUGCAGCGGUGUCAGAAAGUGAAAUAGAAACACAAGUCUCUUCUGUAACCUCUAUGACAUCUGCAGCAAAUAAGUCAGAUGACAUUUUCAGUCAAGUUGGAACUUUUACUGCCUCUAAUCCUUACAGUAAUUUUGGAGGCAGUUCAUUUGCUACAGGAACAGCUAGUAAAGAGAAUGAUAACUUUGUAGAAUCUGUCGUUAGUCCUGAUGUUGUUAUAGAGAACAAUUGGGGAACUGAAUCAACACUUCAAUAUUCAUGGCCGUCAGAAAUUACAAAAAUAUCUAUUGACUCUACAGAAUCUGAAGUGAUUAAUGGCACAAAUGACAUUACCAUUGGACAGUGGUCACUCCAAGAGGGUAGCACACCAUUAAUAGUGGAUGAGGUAUCGGAUGUCCAGUGGUCAUCUGUCACUACCUUAGAAGAGGAUGACAAGCAGUUGACCACAGAUCAAAACAAAGUCAGUCCAGAUCUGCCUAAAGACCGAGUAGUAACUGUAGACCAGUGGAAAUCAUGCUCAAUAUGUCUAGAAGAAUUGGCAGAUUCUGAGUUACUAGUUCAUAAGACAUGUGGAGCUACUUUUUGUCACAGCUGUCUUGAGAUGUCCUUACUACAUUAUGGUCAAGAGAACUUUCUAUGUCCUGUGUGUUCCUGUGCUGCAGUGAUGACUGAAGACUUCACUCAGUUGGCUGAUUCAGAUAAAAAUAAUGAGGAAAGGAUGUUACUGGUGGAUGUGACUUUCUGUCAGACAGUAGGAGAACAAAGGAAUUUGUUGGGUCACCCACGCGUACUAUACCUAUCUAGUCAGAUGUUUGGAGCUCACCUGUAUGAGUGUAUUGAACAGAUUGUGCCUGAUGCUUGUCAGUUCAGUUUGUUGACAACAGAUGCUCAGGGGAGUAGAUGUUCUAGAUGUGUAUACACAGCCAAGUGUACAGGAUGUAUAUUACCACGUGAUGGACAGGUAUCAUUACGUCCUGGAGAUACACUUUGUGUUUGUCUUGAUGAUGUUCAGUUAUCUGUGAUAGAAAGAAUGGAAUUGUCUGCAGACCAUCCAUCCAUGAUGGAUCUUAGACCCACUCUACCAUUGUCUAUAUAUGAUUGUAUUCAAGCUUUCACUGAAAGUGAGACGUUAGAUAAGCAUAAUCCUUGGUUUUGUCCACGCUGUCAAAUGAAUCAGUGUGCUAGUAAAAGUAUGACAGUAUGGAGAUAUCCUGAUGUACUUAUUAUACAUUUAAAAAGAUUUGUGUACCAUGAGAUGGUUAGCGUUAAAGUAGAUAGUGAAGUAGACUUUCCUUUGGAAGGUCUCUGUCUUCCUCGUCAUAUAUCGGGACCAGUCACUUGUGAUCUCACCUAUGAUCUUAACAGUAUUGUCUGUCAUUUUGGAGAUUUAAACUCCGGCCACUAUACUUGUUUCACCAAACAUUCACUAGAUAAUACAUGGUAUUAUUAUAAUGAUGAGAAUGUCACUCAGCAAUCUCCAAAGAAGGAAGAUUUUAAAAAUGCUUAUAUCUUAAUGUAUCAUAGACGAGGAGCAAAUUUUUCAAUGCCAGAUCUACCUCCUUACAACAAAACAGAACAAGAAUAAAGAGCUGUGAUAUUAACUGAUAGUUAACUAAAAAUGGGUUUCCCUUCGUCCCUUUUUGGCCAGUCCAGUUUUACAGUAACUGUCCUUGCCAAACUGAGAUUAUUUUUAUAAUGAAUGUACCAUGAACAUUGUACUUAUCUGAGAUAUUAUUGCUUUUCUGUUGUCCUUGUGGACAUAUAUGUGUGUAGAUAACUUCAUAACAUAAUUUAUUCUAAUGCAAUAUGAAAUGCAAGGCUACUUUUGAUUGGAUCAUGUCUUGUCAACAAUUCCAAUGCCUAUUUUGAUUGGAUGAUGACUGGCCAUCAAUUCCUCAGUUGAAGUUCAGAUUUUUUGGCAACAAUGUUGCUAAUUAAUUCCACAUUUUCAAAAUAAUUCAAAUGUUGAACUAGGAAUAACAGACCUGUGUUGGAAGAGUUGGCAAUGGGAAUUUAUGAAACACAGAACCGUCAGCCAUUUAUGUAAAAACAAAAAAAAUUGGCGGGGCUUUGGUCUUUUCUAAAAUGGUUCGUUACUAAUAUUUCUAUGAAUUUAGCUUAUUCAAAACAUUACAAAACACUUCCAUCAAACUUUUAGGAAGUUCCAUUUAUGUAAAAACAAAAAAAAUUGGCGGGGCUUUGGUCUUUUCUAAAAUGGUUCGUUUCUAAUAUUUCUAUGAAUUUAGCUCAUUCAAAACAUUACAAAACACUUCCAUAAAACUUUUAGGAAGUUCCAACAACACAUACAAGUUUCCAUGAAAAUCUUUUCAUACCCUAUUAUUGAUUUACCUGUUGUUUUGUUUUUGCCAAUAAGACCUCAGGUAGAAGAGAGUUGUUUCUGUUGUCAUUUUUGCCUUAUGAACAAUGUCAGUUUUGUGAUCUUAUUUUAUUGAGAUUGUACUUAAAUAUGUGUUGUUUACAACGACAGUGAUCACAAAUCUUUUUAUAUAGUUUUCUAUUGUGCUUUGUCAGAAGCUUUAGUUUUUGAAAAGAGAAUCAUUUAAGAUUAUUUCAAAUGUAAAAUAUGUCUCCAUUGUUUGAAGGAUAAAAGUAUUGUAUACCAUUGUUAUUUGUAGUCUUUCAACUUGUUUACCCUUUAUUUCUGUGAUGCUGUCAACUUGUCCAACAACUAAUUAUUGCUAUGCUCCAGUUCAACAAAGUGUUACUUGUUACUUUCAAGUGAUAUAAAGUUGAGAUAAUUUAAAACCAUUUUGUCCAUGUAGAAGAAGAAUAUAGCUCUGAAAAAAUAAUAUGCCAGCUUUAUUUACUGCGUUGUUCAAACAGCUUCAAUUUUUGGUAUUGAUAAAAGCUAUGUAAUAAUAACUAAAUCUAAGGUCAAUGUUUUAUUAAUUUUAUUUUCUAUUGCCUAUUUAAAGUUAUGUACAAAACUUAUUGUGAAUAUUACACAAAAUCAUGUUUUUUCUCCUAUGUUCAUGAUGCUGUUCAGAAUUAUUACUAGAGGUACAGUGGCUGAUAUUAGAGUAAGAAGGUAUGCUGAUUUCUGCAUCAACAGAUUAGAUUCUGCUAGCGUACUGUCCUUUAUCCUUUGUACCCCUUGUUACCAGAUGUACAGUGGCUGAUAUUAGAGAGUAAAAAUGCAUGCUGAUUUCUGAAAUGUUCAUUAUGAUGUAAACUUUAACAUUUUUUUUUGCAAAAUAAAGGUUUUAAACCAGUUUACAGAAUAAGGAAUUGUGUAAAUGAUUCUUAGGCAUAUUCUGUUGACACAUAUUCUUGUUGAGGGAUGAUGUCCUAUGGCCACAUUCUUGUUCAAGGCAUGUUGUCCUAUGUCACAUUCUUGUUUUAGGCAUGUUGUCUUAUGUGAACACAUUCUUGUUUGAGGGAUGUUGUCCUAUGGACAUAUUACUAGUAUUCCUUUUGGAUGCAGUAAUAGUGUGGAAAUCUGAAAAGACCUUGUUUGAAUAUAUAAUCAUGGAUUAGGGAGACAUAAAUCAGUUUCAUAUUCUCAUAAUACAAUCAUUUUUGUACUAAACUAACAUUAUAAUGGUAAUGAAUUUACUUAUGAGCUUCAAAUCAUAGUUUUAUUGUCUAAAUAUAGUCUUUCAGAAUUAAACAUUAUGUAACUUA